CUUGCUGUGCAUAAAAUGAAACUGGAAGAGUACCAGUACUCACUACUCCAAUUACGUAUGGCAUGUCACACCACCAAAUUUAAUUUAACUUACAAUUUAUGUCGGUCAAUGGGAACACCUCGUUAGUCUAUCCCGGCACCAAUCUGCCACGCUAUCAUGCCCUCACACACAUACACUCCUAACCGUUAAUCCUCCUUUGGGUUACAAACAAGUUCUAUAUAAUCUUACUGCAGUUUCUAGACCCAUUCAUUAUUAGUCUCCUUUCUUAACUCCCUCAAUAUGACACUACACUUCACUCAUCUUCAUUUUCCUUUAUUACUUCUGAUUAUCUGCCUAUGUAUGAACUCAACCCUUGCAGGGAUAGCCCAUAACUUUUAUCCAUUUUUUGAAGUUGAUGCUGAUGGAACUGUCCACAGGUUUCAAGAGAUCAAGUUUGUCCCUCCAUCAAACAAUCCCAAAACCGGAGUCCAAUCCAAAGACGUUACAAUUUUGCCAGAACAAAACGUAUCAGCCCGACUUUACCUUCCCAAAAUCAGUGAAAAAAAUCAAAAAUUUCCUCUGCUUUUCUACGUUCACGGUGGCGGCUUCUGUACUCAGUCAGCAUUUUCUCCCACAUAUGAUAGUUACCUCCACAGGCUAACUGCUGCAGCUAAUGUAGUUGCAGUAUCAAUUGAUUAUAGACUAGCCCCAGAGCAUCCAAUCCCAUCGUGUUACGAUGAUUCAUGGGCUGUCAUGAAUUGGGCUGCUCAAGGGAAAGAGCCAUGGCUCAAACAACAUGCCAAUUUUUCGCGAGUUUUCUUGGCUGGUGAUAGCGCUGGGGCUAAUAUUGCUCAUAACAUGAUGGUUCGUGCAAGUGAGGAAAGUCAUUUUCUCCCUUCUCUAGUGGGAAUGGCAUUGAUUGAUCCCUACUUUGGUAACGGUAAGCCUGAUGGACUUUUCACAUAUUUAUGCCCAAAAAGUAAUGGGAUUGAUGAUGCAAGAUUCAAUCCGGCAGCUCAUCCGAUGAUGCUGUCGAAGUUGAAUUGCUCCAAGAUUUUAGUUUGUACCGCAGGCAAAGAUUUUUUGAGAGACAGGGCUUGGACUUAUUACGAGACGAUGAAGAAAAGCGGGUGGAAAGGUCAAGUGGGGAUAAAGGAGAUCGAAGGAGAGGGGCAUGUUUUCCAUUUGUUUAACCAAACUUCUGAGAAAGCCAAGGUCUUGAUGAAAUCGCUGGUCGAGUUCUUGGUCUAAUGCUAUAGUAAUUAAUUCUUGGCUAUCUGAUAGAAUUCAGGAUUUAGAGUUAGUGAAUGUAGAAUCAGUUUAAUCAUAUUUGUAAUCCUUUUAUAAUUGAUGUUUCUGGCUUUCUCCAUAUGUAUACAUAAUUCAAGCUGAUAGUAAUGAGUUCAGUUGAAUCC